UCCCCCCACCUCGCACUGCAAACCUAGAGCAAGAGGAAACUUUCUCUUACCUUAGAAGUUGGUAGGAUCCAUAUAUAGGCCAUAGCCUUGUUCUUCUACUAUAGAGUAGGCCAUAGAUGGAAGCCCAAAGACAAGCUCGGGUGAUGAUAAGCUCAAAGGGAUCACCCUCGCGGUUCAGACGAGUGUGCGUCUUCUGUGGGAGUAGCCCCGGGAACAAGGCCAGCUACCAGCUUGCAGCCAUUCAGCUUGGCAACGAAUUGGUGGAGAGGAACAUAGAUUUGGUCUACGGUGGAGGAAGUAUUGGUCUCAUGGGUCUUGUCUCACAUGCUGUCUAUAAUGGUGGCCGCCAUGUCAUAGGGGUGAUUCCCAAGACUCUAAUGCCAAGAGAGAUAACAGGAGAGACAGUAGGAGAGGUGAGAGCCGUCUCGGGCAUGCACCAAAGGAAGGCCGAGAUGGCACGGCAAGCUGAUGCUUUCAUUGCGCUCCCUGGUGGGUAUGGAACCUUAGAAGAACUCCUCGAGGUGAUCACUUGGGCUCAGUUGGGGAUCCAUGACAAGCCGGUCGGUUUGUUGAAUGUCGAUGGGUACUACAACUCCUUGCUGUCUUUCAUUGACAAGGCUGUUGAUGAGGGAUUCAUUGCACCUGCUGCUCGUCAUAUUAUCAUUUCUGCACAAAAUGCCCAUGAAUUAUUAUCCAAACUUGAGGAGUAUGUGCCAGAGCAUGAGGGGGUUGCACCUAAGCUCAGUUGGGAGAUGGAGCAAUUAGGCCAUUCUCGCAAGUCGGAAAUUGCCUGCUAAUGACCUUACAUUAAUUUUACCAUCUAUGAUGUAAUCUUUGUUCAAUUUUUUUUCACUAGCAUAACCUUAGUAUAACCCCCAAGACUCUUUAAUAGCAAGCUAUCUGGCUCCUUUCUUAGUAAUGAAUUACAA